CGGCGCGAACAACAACACAAAUCUCUCGUGAUUUCACCCAUUUUCAUCUCUUUGCUUCUAAACAAAUGAUUUUCUUGCUUCUGACCACGCAUUAAGGGCGGGUAAGACGCUGAGAACUGCAUGCGCCAUUUGGUCAGGAGGAUUGUUCAUCCGGCUGGAGGGGUCAGUUCCUGAUGCCAAAGGGGUAAAUAAAUCAAGAGUGCCACCAUGCCCGAGGUUGUGCUUGAAGGAGUACCUGUGCGGUUCCCCUUCGAGCCGUAUGAAGUCCAGAAGGCGUACAUGAGCAAGGUGAUCCAGUGCUUGCAACAGGGUGUUAAUGGCAUCCUGGAGUCUCCAACGGGCACAGGAAAGACUUUGUGUCUCCUCUGCUCAACCCUGGCCUGGCUGGAGGUCAAGAAAGCAGAACACAAAGCGCGCCUGCACAAUGUCGCAGGGGGAGAUGCUGAUUUUAUGUCUUCUCUGAGCUCGCAGCUGAAGGCAGGCUCUGGGUCAGCCUGGGGAGAAAAGAAUGCUCCACCUAAGAUCAUAUAUUCUUCGAGGACGCACUCCCAGCUCAGCCAGGCAGUCAAUGAAUUAAAGAGAACUACCUAUAGCUAUCUUAAGGUGGCAGUACUGGGAUCGCGUGACCAAAUGUGCAUCCACCCAGAGGUAUCGAAGGAGACCAACAAUAACAAUAAGGUGCACAUGUGUCAGCUGAGAGUCAAGGCCAAGACAUGCUACUUCAACAACCAGGUCGAAGCUAAGAAAGAUGACCCAGAAGUACGUCAGAAAGCGCUUGACAUUGAAGACCUGGUCAAAGUUGGCCGCAAGAAGACCUUCUGCCCGUAUUACAUGGCGCGAGAACUCAAACAAGAUGCAGAUAUUAUUUUCCUGCCUUACAACUAUCUCCUGGAUCCCAAGAGCCGGAAAGCGCACGGAGUGGAGCUACAGGGUAAUAUUGUGAUCUUUGACGAGGCUCACAACGUAGAGAAAAUGUGUGAGGAAGCUGCGUCUCUGCAGAUUCGCUCAACAGACAUAGCGCUGUGCAUUGACGAAGUUACACAGGUCAUGAAAAAGAUGCAGGAGAUGAGCGAGGGGUCGAACAUCGCGGCCAACGACGUCUCCGAGGUGAUGCCGGAGGACUUCAACGCCGAUGAUCUGUACACCCUGAAGGCCCUCUUCUUGGAGCUGGAGAAGGCUAUUGACAGCAUACCAAUCAAAAUGGGUGACACCGGCACCACCUACCCCGGCAGCUACAUGUUUGAGCUACUGGAGAAGGCCGAAAUCACGCACCACAAGAAGAAUGUCAUUCUGGAGGUUUUGGAGAAGCUGGUGCAGUAUCUGACGACAAACAGCGCCUCCCCAUUCCAGCGAAAGGGAGCAGGCCUGCAGAAGUUUUCCGAGUUGAUCAAGGUUGUAUUUAGCAAAGACAACUUCUCUCUCCAGCACAUGGAAUAUGUGAAACAGUGCUACAAGGUCCACGUGAGCAUGGAGGAGAACAAGAAGAAGGGUGGCGCUCGUCAAGAUGGCUGGGGAGCCGUCAAGACCACCAACGUUAGCAAUAAAGUUGGCCGAGUCAUUUCAUAUUGGUGCUUCAAUCCCGGUUUUGGUAUGAAGGACCUGUCCGAACAAGGCAUUAAAUGCAUCCUCCUCACCAGUGGAACUCUGUGUCCGCUCGAGUCUUUCACCUCAGAACUGCAGGUUUCGUUUCCGAUCCAGCUUGAGAACCCACACAUCAUCCAGCGUCACCAAGUGUGGGUGGGCACAAUCUGCAACGGGCCAGAUGGCUUCAACCUCAAUUCAUCCUAUCAGAACAGGAGUGACCCACGCUACAUCAGCUCGUUGGGGCAGACCAUCCUGAACUUCUCCCGCAUCGUGCCUGAUGGCUUGCUUAUCUUCUUCCCCUCCUACCCCAUUAUGCGGAGCUGUCGGGACGAGUGGCAGAAUUCAGGCAUCUGGGGCAGGAUUUCGGCCACGAAGCCGAUCUUUGUGGAACCCCAGACAAAGGACGAGUUCCACAACGCCAUGACAGAGUACUACCAGAAGAUCAACGACCCGGCGCUAAAGGGGGCGUGCUUCAUGGCGGUCUGCAGAGGCAAGGUCUCGGAGGGUCUGGACUUCGCCAACCGCAAUGGCCGGGCAGUUAUCAUCACAGGCCUCCCGUACCCCCCCUUCAAGGACCCUCGAGUGAUGCUCAAGCAGAAAUACCUCGAAGAAACCAGACUCAAGAAUAAGGUGGGUUUGACGGGGCAGGAGUGGUACAAACUGGAGGCGUCGCGUGCUGUGAACCAGGCGAUUGGGCGUGUGAUCAGGCACAAGGAUGACUAUGGUGCCAUCAUCCUGUGUGACAAUCGCUUCGCUGCCCCAAAUUUCCGCACGCAGCUGUCCGCGUGGGUGCGCCCCUUCAUGAACUCCUACAGUACGUUUGGGCCUGCGCUCAGAGACAUCAUACAAUUCUUCAAAAAUGCUCAGGUCCUGCUGCCCCAGCCUGAGGAGAAGAGUGGGAAGCCAUCAAUCAGUGCGGCGUAUGAAGAGCCCCCAGCAGCAGUGGGUGCAGCGCCGGUUCAUGCACACGCACUGCAGGCAGCCCCCGCUCGUCUCGUUGUCUCAGAUGCCACCCGCCAGAAGAUAGGACAGGCCCUCGCAGAGAAGGAGGACUAUAACAACAUGUGGUCGAACAUGAAUUAUAAAAAGUCUGACGGAGCAAGCGAGAAGAGGGAAGGGGGCGAUAAAUCGCUGUUCUCAGCCCUGGAGAAGAAGACGUCAGUGGUGGACUUCAACUCGCUGCAGAGCACAUCACAGGUGAGCUGCAAGUAUGAUACCCUGCAGGUGGGCAACAAGAAGAGGAAGAUCAAGAUUGUGUCAAAGGGUGAGAAGGAUUUGGCAGACUUCCUGAAGGGCCCCGGACCAAGCCAGGCAGCGAGCCAGGCAUCGCAGGGCGUGACUGCAGAGGGUACGAGUUGCUCCCCCGAGAUGUUCUCCUCCCCAGGCAACUCGCAGGAGCUCAUCAGCGGAGCGCAGAAGAGCACAACAAAGGCAUCUUCGUCAGGCGUUUUGGGGUCUGGGAAGGUCUCCACGUCGGCAGCAGUGGCAGCCAUUUCGUCCGGAAAGGAGAACGGGGAGACCAAGAAACUCGGAUCCAUUGCCGACUACAUUAAAGAUGUGAAAUCCCAGCUGAACAAGGAGCAGUAUGGGCUCUUUUCAUCGGCCGUUAAGAACUACCAGAAGAGCAAGGACUAUGAUACUGUGGUGGGCACUCUCGCCUCGCUCUUUUCUCAGGAUGUUGAGCAUCACAGACUCUUCAGAAAAUUCGAGCAGUUCCUGAGCAAGGACCACAGACUUGCAUUCAGACAGUCGUGCGAGGAGAUGCUGGACAGAUAGUCCAUGCGACCCGUCUAGUCUUUCUACCCUCUUUUCUUCUUCACUUUACGUAGCUGUGAUGUUUGCGUUCUUCCUUGCAAGUGAAGCAUUGGUAAACGCAUAAAAAGAAAUCGGAAAAUUUAAGAACGGAACCAGUGGAAUUUUUUUUAUGUCACAUGAAGAUAAAGGCUUUAUGUCCGUACAUAUGGCUGAAAGUGAAAAUAAACAUGAGAGUAUGACGUGUGUACAUAUGUAAUUACUGAAAGAGGAUAAGUGUGAUAUUGUUUUUUACUUACAAGUUUCCUAUCUUAAUAUUUAUGGUCAUGUGUACAGUAUGUCUAAACCUGUAUAGUAUGUAUGCGUAAAUACAAAGCACGAAUGAAAAGCAAGUAGAAAGAUGUUAUUCAGAUGUUAUCGAAAAUGAUUCUUUUUUUAGAUUUUUGUCUAUUUUUAUACUGCUGUGUGAUUUAUUUAGUGUUUGAACUGAUAAGAAAAGUAUUUAUUUUAUAUUUAAGAGUAAGUAAGAUGUAUUCAUUAAUAUGAUAGAAGGUGCAAAUAAUUUGCAUCACGAAAAUGUGUAAUUUUAGUUGCAUUUUAUUUUUUGUGUAUAUUAAAUUUUUUUUGACAGAAAGCCAUUUUAAAUCACACUUUUUUUUUAGGUACAAAACCAUAUUUUUUUAUUCAAAGCACACUGUAAGAGUAAAAUAUUGAAUUAGUGUGUAAAUAUAUGCAGUAUACAGAAAGUCUGCCAUUAUC